UCCCGACAGACACCGGAGGGAGAAUUUCUGCCACUAGACCAGUGUGAACUGGAUGUUGGAUUUGGAACUGGAGCCGACCAGCUGUUUUUGGUUUCUCCACUAACUAUCUGUCAUGAAAUUAACUCAAAGAGCCCCUUUUUUUGUCUCUCACAAAGAUCACUAAGAAGCGAGCAAUUUGAAAUAGUUGUCAUCCUUGAAGGAAUCGUUGAGACUACCGGAAUGACGUGUCAAGCUAGGACUUCGUAUACAGAAGAUGAAGUUCUUUGGGGUCACAGAUUCCUCCCGGUAAUGUCCCUAGAAGAUGGCUUUUUCCACGUCGAUUAUUCUCAGUUUCAUGCUACAUUUGAAGUCCCUACUCCUCCUUACAGUGUUAAAGAGCAAGAAGAAAACUUGUCUCUAUCAUCUCCUUUGAAUAGUCCUGUCAAUAACAACAAAACCAGAAGAGAACAGGUUUGUUCACUUGACUGUAUUGAUAUUGCAGGAGAGGAAAACAAGCUCUCUUUUAAACUUCAGAAGAUCAGCUCGAGAAAGGAAGACCUUCCAAGAAGAGCCCUGAGAAUGAGUUCCAGUAACAGAGAGAAGACUUUCAGUAGUGGAGAUCUCUUGAAAAUUCAAGAAGUAAGUUCCAUGUCUGACGGUGAAGACAGUGAUGACAGGAUACAGCUGAAAGCUGAGGCUUUGACUCAGUCUACCAGUGAUCUCAAGUUACAGAAGAACCCUCCAAGUAUGUGUGCUGUAGAAGUGAAAUUGGAAGAUAAUUUUCCUGCCAAACUUUGGAAAAUGAACUCUAAUCGCCUCUCUUAA